GACGACGACGACGACGACGACGACGACGACGACGACGACGACGACGACGCGGUACAACGACGACGACGACGAAGCGCGACGACGAAGACGACGACGACGGACUACGACGACGACGACGACGACGAAGACGAAGACGAC